UGAUAAGAACUUUAAACGUCUAUGACAUCUUUUAGCGGUGACUACAAUUUUUGCCCCAUACAAUAUUGAAUAUUAAAUACAAAUCAAAAGAUUUCUAAAAAAAGUUCGCAUACAAAAAUGCAAGCGCUUGACUUGUGAAACUCAAAAACAAUUCAUUCGUGCUCAGUCCUUAAUGGAAUAUUGUAAGAAUAAAUACUGAAAAAUUUGAAUUUAUAUCGUGGCAUAUAUUUUAUGUACUAUGAAGUGCGGAGAAGGAAUGCGUUCUUUCAACAUUUGCACAAUUAAGUUUUAUUACCUUAUUUUCUGUGAAAUUGUGUUUUGGCAGCAAUUAGUAGGACUGCCUUACCAAGGAAGCUCUUAUUAUCAGAAAUGCACUGAUUCUGAAACCAAACAAGAACUCUUAAUUGGAGAUGUGAUCCAACGCAGAGGUCGGUGCAUACGAGCACAAUGCCUAGGUACUUUGGAAAUAUGGGAAGAUAGUUGCCAAAUACCACAUUUACCUGGUACUUGCAGUCAACUGCCACCUCCUAAUGAGUUUCUUGAUUACCCCGAUUGCUGUCCACUACACGAAUGCAAGUCUUACGAAUUUAACGAAAAUGGUGAAACUGUAGAAACUCUCACCUACGAUCAUCACGGCAUUUUAAAAAAACAAAACAUAAUAAAAUUUUUAGUCGUAGUUGAUCACCAAAAAAGAAACCCAAAUGAUAACGUAAGCGCGAGGUUCAAUAUUUAAUUUAGAAUAAUCUAGUGAUAAGGUAAAACUACACACACUAAUUACGGAUAUAUUGAAGUGAGUACAUUAGUCUGAGUAGUGUACUUAGUUAUAGGGCAAGGUAUUAUUUCAAUAAAAACUUGUAAAAUGUUGAAGUAUUAUUUGACUAAAGUUCGUUUGUACUAUGUUAAUGAGUCUGGGACAAAAUUUAAAUA